GCCGGGCCGGGCGCGGCGCUCUCCCGGGCUGGAGGCAAAUGAAAGAUUGAGAGAAACCACUGUGGACUAUUGUUGGGAGAUGGAUCGAUACACUGAGUUAAAACUUGCGUUGAAAAAGUGGGAGACUUUGUUCUUUGAGAAAAACAGAAGGAAACCAACUAAGGUUGAUGUGGCUUGUGCUUCAGAAGAGACUCAAAAAUUGUAUAGAGAAUAUAGAACUAUCAAGCAAAAUAGGGAGGGACGUACUAUAGAGAACAAUCAACAUCCACCGGUAGAUUCUGGGAGUAAGCCCUUGAUGAAAACUAGCCAAAAUGAGGAGGCUUCUAAGUGUGAUACUUGGGGAUUACAUCUUAAUCGUCAGAACAGAAAGUUUCAGGAGCUCACGCCGAAAGAGCACGGUGCUCUAAAAGCAUCAGCACAGUAUUAUGGAAUGAAAUUAAAGGAGAAAUUUGGAACAUCAGGAAAGGAAAGGCCAAUUUCUCUCCGUAAGUCGCUGACUUCAAGGAGGACGCAGAUGUCCAAAGAGAUCGAUGAUGGGGAGAAUGGCCCAGUUGUUGGGGGACACCCUGUCACCCCCAAGCCUGCUGAAGAUCUGCAGCUUGUAUCUCAAGACGUUCCAGAUGGAUCUGAUCAACUAGAAUUUCAGCAUCCAGUCAUGAAAGGUAUUUCUCCAUCAAAAGUGCUCCGAACCCAGACAAGGACUCCCCAGUCUAUUAAUAAACUACAGCAAUUACAGCAGUGUGUGUCUCGGAGAUUAUCCUCGAUUGAUCGUGGCUGGUUAGACAGAUGCCAGGAGAGAACACAACCAGAUGUUGAAUUGCCCAUACUGGGCAGACUUUCACUCCCAGCCAGUGGUAAAUACAGUCUUGACUCUGAUCAUGGGGAACCUCCUUCAUGCGGUCACUCUACUCCCCAAGUUGAUCACAAGCCUCGAAAUGUGAAUGACACAAUACAGGUAGCCAGUGAGCAGCAUCUGCAACUAAGUGAUUCCCCAACAGUCAAUAAGGGGUCCUGUUCAGUGACUGCUACAUCUCCCUCAGCUGGUGAUACACCCUCCUCAUUGGGUAAUGUCUUUUUAAAAGUUAGACAUGAUGAGCUAUCAAUUUCUUCGAGUGAUUUUCAGGAUUCUGAAAAGCCUCCAGAAUUAGGGAAUGGCUAUUUCCGAGAUGAUCAUGCUUGCCAAAAAUAUGUUGACACAGGGAAAAUGCAGAUUCUAACAAGAACUGGUUUGGAACAUCAAUUGUACAUUAAUUCAGUGACCAGUGAAGAGAGAAAUUGCAAUGUCCCAGAAUCUUUGCAGGAAAGUUAUGAUGAAGGAGAGAGAGAGACUGAUUGUGAGCAGCCUAAAGUGAUAAAUACUGGGAAAGGCACACAAGACCUAAAGAGAAGCAGUAAGAAGCGACGGAGAACAAUAGCAGCAGACGGAGUGAGUGCUGACGCUUGUGAAGAUCUCAACGGCAAUGCCAAGAAACGCAGAAAAGCAACUAAACCUUCAAACACUACCACAGCUCAGACGGUGAAGAAGCAAAUCCUCAAAGCCAAUUGCAGAACUGUGGUGGACGACAGCAGUCCACCAGCGAGUGAGGAUGAGGGGAAGUCAAAACCUGAGCUGCCAAAGGAGAAUCUCUACGGAGAUGUGGAAGAAGGGAACAUCUGUUCAGAGGCUCAGAAGAGCAGUGGCAUGAGAGUUGCACCACCUAAAAAAGAUGGAAAUUUUGUGAGAAUCAACCUUAAGAAGAAAUCACACGUCAGAGGUGGAGUGUUACGAGGAACGUAUCUUCGCAAACAGGCCUGGAAGCAGAAGUGGAAUUUAAAAGGGGAACGUUUUGGUGGUGGUGCUGGUCAAUUCAGCAGAAAGGGAGACACGUGUUUCCGCUGUGGGGCAGCAGGUCACUGGGCCAAGAACUGCAGCGGUCAGGGAGUUAACACCAGGUUUAAAGCAGUAUCUGAGGAGAAAGUGGAAAUGUCUGAGAUGAUAGAUGAUGAGAUUGCCCCAUUACCAACCUUGGAGGAAGUGGCACGUUUGACAUCAAUGUGUAACACUGAGAGGGGCAUCUCGGCUCCAGAUAAUACAAGGGCACAGUUUGAACCGGUGUCUGCUGCUGAGCUUCAAGUGAACACUGCCUGUCCGACAUUUGAGAAACCAGAUGCUCCCCCAGCAGUGGAACCUCUGUACAGGCUUGGAGAGGAUGGAAAGGUCAUAGCUACUCCGGCAGAGGUAUUUGAAGCCCUGACAGAGCUCGGGUACCAUUCGUUCAGACCAGGCCAGGAAUUAACCGUGAUGAGAAUUUUAUCAGGUCUUUCUACUUUGGUUGUGCUCUCCACCGGAAUGGGGAAAUCAUUUUGCUACCAAUUACCUGCGUACCUGUAUGCCAAGAGGUCAAAAUGCAUCACCUUGGUGAUUUCACCUCUUGUCUCACUGAUGGAUGAUCAGGUUUCGGGGCUUCCUUCCAACCUAAAGGCAGUUUGUAUCCACUCCAGUAUGACAAGGACACAGAGAGAAGCAGCUAUUGCAAAGGUGAAAGAGGGUAAGGUCCAUGUGCUGUUGCUGUCCCCAGAAGCACUUGUUGGUGGUGGUCGGGCUGGAUCAAGUUGUCUCCCGCCUGCACACGAGCUUCCCCCAGUGGCUUUUGCAUGUAUUGAUGAGGCACACUGUGUUUCGGAAUGGUCUCACAACUUCAGACCAUGCUAUCUCCGUCUGUGUAAGGUCCUGAAGGAACGUUUGGGAGUGAAAUGCCUGCUGGGAUUAACAGCCACUGCCACGCUAGCGACAGCCCAAAAUAUCGCACAUCACCUUGGGAUCCAGGAGCGAGAAGGAAUAGCUGUACGCUCUGCAGAUGUACCAGCCAAUUUAUUCCUCAGUGUGUCUACUGACCGGGAUAGAGACCAGGCUCUUGUAACUUUGAUCCAAGGGGAUCGAUUUGCCUCUUUGGAUUCCAUUAUUGUCUACUGCACACGAAGAGAAGAGACGACCCGCAUUGCAGCCCUGCUCCGGACAUGCCUUCAGGGAGUCACACUAAAGGAGUCGCCACAAGAACUAAAUGAGGAGGGGAAGAUGGCUGAGGAAAUCCUAGCAAAACGAAAGAAAGCUAUGGCAAAAAAGAAGUUGAGGCGGCCUUUAAAGUGGAUUGCUGAUUGCUACCAUGCUGGAAUGUCAGCCAGUGAACGGAGGAGAAUUCAGAACAACUUCAUGAGUGGUCAGCUGCGUAUUGUGGUGGCAACAGUGGCAUUUGGCAUGGGAUUGGAUAAGUCGGAUGUCCGAGGAAUCAUACACUAUAAUAUACCAAAGGGCUUUGAGAAUUAUGUGCAAGAAAUUGGCCGUGCUGGGAGAGAUGGGAAGCCUGCCCAUUGCCAUCUCUUCCUCGACCCAGAUGGUGGAGAUAUGAAUGAACUGCGACGGCACAUUUAUGCUGACACUGUGGAUUAUUAUACAGUCAAGAAACUGGUACAGAAAGUAUUCCAACCCUGUAAAUGCCGUCAAAUUUAUCAGAAACAGCAGGUCGUCAGUUGUAGGGCCAUCACAGAUGAUGAGUUGCUGGAAAUGCCUGACCCAUCUGAGGAGCUGCCCCCUGAAGGAGCUCAGCCCCUCAAAGAAUUUGAAGGAAGUUCUCCAAGGGUGUGCCACAGGCACGAGAGGGCAAUAUCAAUCCAGAAAACUGUGGAGAUGUUAGAUCUCCGAGAGGAAGGAAUUGAAACUUUGCUCUGUUACCUGGAGCUGCACCCCCAGCAGUGGGUAGAGUUGAUGCACCCAACCUUUUCAACCUGUCGCCUCCAGUGUUACAGUGGACCCGUGCAACUGAGAAGCACAGCAAGAAGAUGUCCUCCUAUAGCUGUGGCUCUCGCCAAAGAGCGCCUGCGUGGUGUGGAUCAUACCCACUCCAAUUCAGUUGAGUUUGAUGUGGUGGAACUGGCUGAUUCAAUGGGAUGGGAACUACUGCCAGUUAAACGAGAACUAAGGCAACUGCAGUGGACAACUCAAUCCAGGCAAGGGUUUCAAGGCACAGGGAAGAGUGGCAUACUUGUGGAAUUCAGUAACCUGUCCUUCCACUUCCGAUCCUAUGGAGAUCUUGACCAUGAGGAACUGGAUGCAGUUUGUAGGUUCCUGCAUCAACGAGUACUGGCUCAUGAAAAGACUGCGCUGUGUCACCUCAAAGCUUGCUUCAAGUCAUUCCACAGUGUGGCCUUUAAGAACUGUAGCAUCUGUGCAGAUGCUGUUUCUAUGGAGAAGAGCUCACGAUUAAAACAGGUGCUGAAAGAAUAUUUUGACCAGAAAAAUGACCAGAGUCAAAGCGCAAAUUACCCAGAAGGCUGGGAGGACGACCUGACCAGAGCAAAGCUCAAAGACUGGGAAAGUCAGAUCCGAGCUGAUAUCCGACAGUUCCUGUCUAUUCGUCAUGAUGAGAAGUUCUCUGGCAGAGCCAUUGCACGAAUAUUUCAUGGUAUUGAGAGCCCAUGUUAUCCAGCUCAGAUCUACGGGCGAGAUCGAAGAUUCUGGCGCAAAUAUCUCCACUUUGAUUUCAAUGAACUAAUACGGAUGGCGACAGAGGAAUUGAUCAGAAUGAAGUGAGCUCUGGCAGCCAGAUCCCUGGGGUGGAAUGUAUGUUACCAUAACAUGGUUAGUGCUGCUAUUAAACGUUGUAGCUACCUCUCAACUGUGCCACAUAACACCUUCAUUUGGGAGCAGUGAUCUUAGAUCCAUGAUGAUUUUAGUAUAAUGGGCUGCUCUUUUCAUCCCGAUCCUGUGCAAGGAGGACGGCACAGCGGCUCAGUGGUUAGCACUGCUGCCUCACAAUGCCAGGGACCCGGGUUCAAUUCCAGCCUCGGGCGACUGACUGCGUGGAGUUUGCACAUUCUCCCCGUGUCUGCGUGGGUUUCCUCCAGGUGCUCCGGUUUCUUCCCACAGUCCUAAGAUGUGCGGGUCAGGUGAACUGGUCAUGCUAAAUUGCCCGUAGUGAUAGGUGCAUGAGUAGGUGAAUGGGUCAGGGAGGGUCGGUGUGGACUGGUUGGGCCGAAGGGCCUUUUCCGCACUGUAGGGAAUCAAAUCUAAUCAGACUCUGUCAUUCAGAGUUUUCUUAGCUGUUGACUCAUUGUGAAUUUCAGGGCUGUUCCCUCUUCUCAUCCUGCUUCCCAACUCAAAACCAAAAAAGCAUGGGAAUGUUACUAGGAACCGAGGAAAAACUAAUUUCCAUAAAGCAAGGGGAAGGAACCUUUUGAAAUAGGAUUUGUGAUUAAAUCAUGGUUUCCAUAUUAAGCCUGGCAUCCAUUGGGCAGCUCCUGUUCACAGUGGUAGGGUUAAAGUCAGUGGGAGCUCUCAGAUGUGCAGCUAAUGCAUGUCAUGUUAACACAGGCUGCAGAGGAGUCCACCGGCAAAUGAUCCUUGGCAAACACUGGAUAAUAAAGCACUUUGUCAUCACUGCUGCUUUGGUAACCAUUUGCCAUCAGUAGUUUUUGAAGUGCUCGAGCCAUUAAAUAUAUCUCAAAGCAAUAAUAAUGGAACACUGACUCCCAUUUAGAUGAUCCAGAACUGUGAAAACAGGUAGGCCUCUGGGACUGACGUUUUGUCAGAAAUACUCUCGUGAAUGAGAUCCACCCAAAAUAUUCAUUUCUCUUGGUUAGUAUUAAUGGUCGUGCUGCGUGUUCAUACAUGUUCUGACUUAUUAUUUCAGGCCUUCAACUUUUGUAUUUUCCAAUAAUUUGUAAAUCUGUAGUAACUUGAAAUA